AAAAAAAAAAAGCUUCCCAGUCUCACAUAUGUACUUACAGAUAUCUGAAGCAAAAACUUCACAAAACAAUACCUCCCCUUAUGUACCUUCUGAUAUUUUCAGUUCUCUUCCUGUUCAUACGUUUUAAAUCUUGCUCACAGUCCACAAAACUGUGGUGCCUGAGGGUGCACAACUGCACUUUUAGAAACCCUGCCCAUUGUACUUUCCAGAACUGUUCCAUAUGCUCUACCUAUGGGGCUCUUACACUGUCCCAGGUGACUGGUGUAUGUACCCGUUUUACUGUUGAGUUGUCCAAGGUCACAAUCAGGUGACCAGUGCCCUUGAGAUCUGACUGAAGCUCCAUGUAGGACGGAGUCCCCCCUGGCCCAUAGACUCUACGAACUGACCCACCGACCUCCCCAGGGCUCCAGGACACUAAAGAGGCCCAUAGGGACCCUGGGGCAGGUAAGAGAAGUCAAAAUAGCUCAGAGCUUCUGGCCUACCGGAGCUGGCCUUACUCAGAUCCACCUUCUUCCAGGUGAUUGGCCCCAGAGGGGCUCCCGACACCCACCCUGGGGCCAGCUUCCUCCAGCAAGCACCGCCCCCAAGGGAGUCCCUCUCAGGGCAGUCCAUCCCUGCCUGCUUCUGUGGGUGUGGUUUCUGACAGAUGGCCCGGAGCGGUUUUGUCCCAGGCACCAGGAACUGGUCAUUUCUUCUCUGGCACCGAGCUAGAGGGUUCUUCUUGGUGGACUGUCCUACCAGCUUCUCGACAUGGCUCUCAAGGAGGGACUCAGGUGAUUUCUGAACAGGCUCCUGGAAGUUGGGCUGAUUGGAUUAAAAGAGAUGAACAGUGAAGGCUUUGAUGACCAUAGCUUUCCACAAAAGAUCUAGCAAACUUCACCCCCACCAGCAGUGUAAGAGUGUCUACCUCAUUGUAUCCUUGCUGCGUGGCUGUUUUUAUUUCUUUUUUAAAAGCUCAUUUUACAGGACCUGGAAGAGAAUCUUCUGGCAGCUGAUCCUACUUGGGUUUGGCCUCUCAGGGCUGCUCCUGUAUGGGCUCCCUAUAGUCAGGGCCCGGCCUGAUGUUCUGACCUGUACCUCCUGGGGGGCUCCCAUUAUUUGGGAUGGCACCUUCGACCCAGCUGUGGCCCAGCAAGAGGCUCUACAGCAGAACCUCACCAUUGGUUUGACUGUCUUUGCUGUAGGCAGGUACCUGGAGAAGUACCUGGCGCGCUUCCUGGAGACGGCCGAGCAGCACUUCAUGGUGGGCCAGCGCGUGGUGUACUACGUGUUCACCGAGCUCCCGGCCGCCGUGCCCCGCGUGGCGCUGGGCCCCGGCCGCGGGCUGCGCGUGGAGCGCGUGGUCCGCGAGCGGCGCUGGCAGGACGUGUCCAUGCAGCGCAUGCGCACGCUGCACGAGGCGCUGCACGGCCGGCUGGGCCGCGAGGCGCACUUCGUGUUCUGCAUGGACGUGGACCAGCACUUCCGCAGCUCCUUCGGGCCCGAGGCGCUGGCCGAGUCGGUGGCGCAGCUGCACGCCUGGCACUACCACAGGCCGCGGUGGCUGCUGCCCUACGAGCGGGACGCGCGCUCGGCCGCCGCGGUGGCGCCGGGCGAGGGCGACUUCUACUACCACGCGGCGGUGUUCGGGGGCAGCGUGGCGGCGCUGCGCGGGCUGACGGGGCACUGCGCGCGGGCCCUGCAGCGGGACCGCGAGCGCGGCCUGGAGGCGCGCUGGCACGACGAGAGCCACCUCAACAAGUUCUUCUGGUUGCACAAGCCCGCCAAGGUGCUGUCCCCCGAGUUCUGCUGGAGCCCCGACAUCGGCUGGCGGGCCGAGAUCCGUCGGCCGCGCCUGCUGUGGGCGCCCAAGGAGUACGCCCUGGUGCGCGACUAGGCCCUGCUGGGGCCCCUGCCGCCCCAGCCAGAGCUUGGACGGAAACGGCCCCAACGUUGCGGCCUGUGCCUUUGGGGCCCUUCUCGCCGGGAGGGAAAGAUCCCCUUUCAACAGCGACCGGUGUAGCAGGACGGCGGGGCGCCUCUGCCAGGCUGCUGAUAGACCUUUCACAGCUCUAGCCCUACUGGAUUCGGCCGAUGCCUCCUGAAGAGCUGUUUUAACCCCCAUCACGCACCGACACCCCUUCUUAGUAAGGAGACUGAGGCACAAAAGGAAACAAAACUACCUAAGGACACAGAGAAUCUACGAGUCGGUCUGGGCAGCAGCAGCAGAGCCAGGGCUGGCCUUCACUCUGAAAACAGAGUAGCUUCUGGGCAAACAGGAGAACGCCUCUGCUGCAGGAGAAACUUGGUGGCAUCUGAGUCCUUGGCUUUGCCCUUCCAUCUCCCUCGACCCUCAAGCAUAGUUUGUAGAUAUUUAAGUAAUAUUGUAAUAAAACUAUUCCAAAAGUG